AGGAAGAGAACGAAUCCUUCAAUAAAGGUAGCAGGCAGCACAUCCUUAGAGCCACAGGAGAGAUGUACAUACAGCAUCACUCAAGGAACCUCAAAUGCCACAAGAUUAUGAAGAUUUGAGAUAUAUUUGAGAGGCGAAACACGGCGGCGACAUAUCGAAAGCCUGGAUUAGUUGCCUUUUCAUUUCAUUUUGCCCAGCCUCCAGCAUGGGGACAGAGUGCAGUCGGCGGGGGUCCCUGGCGCUCACCCUCAACAUUGUAGCAUUUACGUGUGCCCUGUCAGCAGUGACCACCAGCUUCUGGUGCGAGGGGACCAGGAAGGUGGUCAAGCCUUUCUGCACGGGGCCGGUGACGACCAGGCAGUCGUACUGCAUUCGCUUCAACAGCAGUAACAUCAAUGACAGCCGGCUGGUGCAGUACAUCUGGGAGUCGGGAGAAGAGAAGUUCCUGAUGAGGAAGUUCCACACCGGCAUCUUCUUCUCCUGUGAGCAGGCUGCUGACAUGAAUGGUUUUAACUGCAGAGACUUUAAAGACAUUGCACCUGACCAUGAAAAAGGGGUCCUGUGGCUGUGCAUCACAGCUGAGUGUCUCUACCUCAUCCUGCUGUUCACGGGUGGUGUACUCAUGUGGUUAGAGCUGUGUCCUUGCCUCAGCGUCAUGAACAAGCUGAAGCUCAACGCCUUUGCUGCCAUGUUCACCGCCCUGUCAGGCCUUUUGGGGAUGGUUGCCCACAUGAUGUUCACCACGGCCUUUCAGCUGGCUGUGGCUAUGGGUCCGGAGGACUGGAGGCCCAAGACCUGGGACUACAGCUGGUCCUACAUCUUAGCAUGGGGCUCCUUCGCCACCUGCAUGGCUUCUGCGGUGACAGCACUAAACAGGUACACCAAGACCAUUGUAGAGUUCAAGUACAAGCGGCGGAACAUUGAGAAGAACCUGAGGAUCAAGCAGAAGCUGCUGGAGAUGGACCUGCCAGAGCAGAUGUGGGACAUGUACCUGACGGCUGUGCCUGCAAGGGGAGAAGGAAAUGCUGGGCCUCUGGACCUCCCUGUCAAUGGGCACAAACCCUCCACUGGAGCAGCCUAUGUAAUGGGCCUGGACAGCAUGACAGAACCACAGGGAGAGGCCUACUGCUAA